AAAACGGCGCUUAGUGUCAAUAUUUUCAGAACUGGUAGUUGUAUAUACCCCCCUUUAAGCAUUAGCUGUAGCAAGCUCCUGUCCUACACUUAGAAACCACACUCAUGGAAGAGCAUUUCAACACGAUCGUGGCCGCAAGCUCUCAAGACAAAGGGAAGCAGCCGCUAAACAUACGGUUUCUCAACCUAACAAAUCCAAACGAUGCAACUAAAUCAGAUGCACUCACAGCUAUUCGCUCUCAUGUGGCAAAAAACACCCAUGGUCGCAAACAAGAAAGCCGCCGGACUCGCCUAGAGAUCCGCCAGUACCGUCCCGCGACUCGAGGGAACAAGACUAACAGUCUUUGGUCACAAGAGAAGAUAGGCACACAGCUUGGCCCGGAAAAUUCGAAGUUCAACUUGCCAGUGAUACCCAGCCCACAAACUUUUGUGACAUCUCACAGGAGAAAUCCAUUCCAGACCUCUUUUGGGAAGAUUUCUGAUCCCGAAAGUGCCUUAAUCGAUCACUAUAUUACCUAUGUUAUAGACCAUGGUUAUACAGAUUGCAUUCAUAAUGAAACUGAACAAUUACUCCUUCAAAACGUCCGAUCGCGCUUUGUACCGUGGUCACUCACGGAACGAGGACUCCAAGCCGGGCUUUUAAUGGCAGCUUGUCGGAGUCUACUGACAUUAUAUCCCGAAAAUGAGACAUACAAAGUUUCAUUACUUAAAUAUAAGAGCCAAUGCAUCGAGAUACUUCGCUCUGCACUUUCAGACCCCGAUCAACGUAUCAGUGAUCAUACUAUUGCCCUAGCCUUAGUAUUAUCCACCGAAGAAUUUCUUUCUGGGAAUGUCAUCGAAUCCCGACUACAUGGGGAAGCGAUCCUCAGAAUGGUUCAACUAAGGGGCGGAUUCAAAAAUCUUGGUCCAGAGGGCCUACUGGGAUACUUACUGGCAAGAUCAGUCUAUAACCCGGUCUUUCGAUUCGUGGAUGGUCCUGAUGCUAUAGGAUUGGUAGAAUAAGAAGUACGAGGAGCUAAAUGGACAGAAUUAUAAUAUAUUUGGCAUCAAUGCAGUACAUUUGCGCAGUAUAACUUUAGAAGGUUAUGAUCCCAUCAAAAUGCCCACAUGUUGCU